AUGGCCGAAGCGGCAAAAAGCCGGCCGCAGGCGAUGCUCUCGGUAGCCGGACUGGAGCAGGGUAAGCUGGAAGAGCUCUGCAAGAAGGAGGCUCAAGGAGGAGAAGUCUGCCAAAUUGCGAACGUGCUCUUCCCGAAGGGCUUCUCGUGCGCCGGGACAGAGGCCGCGAUUCAGAAGCUCAAGGGAACGGCUGAGAAAGCCGGAGCUAUGCAGGCGCGGCUGCUCAAGACCUCUGGUGGUUUUCACACAGACCUCAUGAAGCCGGCGCAGGCGAAGCUGGAGGAAGCCUUGCAGAGGCUGCUGCCAAAGAUGAAGCCGCCGCAAUGCGAUGUGUACAUGAACUUCACCGGAAAACGUCUUCCG